CAACAACUGUUUAACCCGAUUUGAUUUAUUUGAAACCGAAAGUCGCCAUUUAUUUCCGCUGCUAGAAUCACGUGCUCUUUGACUCGGCUUAGCAGUGAAUUACACUGACAGAGCCAGUCACAGAAUCAUCCAAUCAACAACAACAACGACGCUUUUACAAAUGUAAUUAAAUGAAAAAUACUUACUCAUUCUGAUUGUAUUGGAAUUAGUUUUUAGGGGAAAUGGCUGCGGCCGAUGUAAAGCCACAAGAGAUCUAUAUGGAGAACGUUAAACUUAAGGAAGAUAAUGAAAAACUCAAACGUUUUAAAGAAGAAGUGGUCUAUCACCUUGGUAAAGUCGACCACAUUCCAAACACGGAUGUGGUGGAUGCAGACAAAAGCUAUUCUAAUCUUCACUUGUCCCGCAGUCUGGACGACCGUUGGGGCACCACAGAUGAUCUGGUAACCAAUACUAAUACGCAGCACAAAAGUGGAUGCAAGGAAGCAGUGGUCAAGGCGCUGUGGAAACUGCUGCCGAUUGCUGUUAUGGUUGUCUUAGUGGUAGUAUUGUAUGUUGUGACGGACACACGAAAUCAAAGUACCCUUCAGUCUCUAACGUCCGCUAUCUCCACCAAGCAUGGACAAUCUGGGGUCAUGUUGCCGUUUGCCGCCAAACAGGUUGGAAACAAUGAUGGAAACACAGUUCAAGAUACUGUGCUGAAGUAUUACUUGAAUAAAGGCCUGGAAAGAGAUGAGGGGACAACAACCUUUUUCAUUACGAGCCGUCAUGAAAUGCCUACAACAUCACCAUCGCCUACAAGCAGGCAAGCACCGACUACAGUCAUUGGGCUAACUACAACAUCACCAUAA